CCCCAGCCUACAAUUCAAAGAUGUAUCAUCACUCCUUGAUUUCUUGUAUUUUAACAGUUCUCCUAAAUAUCGUUCUACAAGGGACUAAGCUCACUCUUCGGUACCCACCCAAAUCGUCAAUCACUAGUCUUGUACAAGCGGCCCACUAUCGUUAGCAGCAGCUAAGAGAGCCAAUAUGCCACUAACUAAACAAGAACUACAAGCUGAACUGCUGAAACAUGAGCAUUACCCCGUCGAUUCAAUCAGGAAAUUCUAUGAAAUUCGAGACCAGCGCGAAGCUGUACGAGCUAGACUAAAUCGCUCUUGGACAUCAGGCACUACUCACCUUCGAGCCAUGUUUGCGACCAUGUCCAGGCCACUAGAAACAAAUACGGAAGACGAUAGAACGGAAUCACCAGUCUGGAUUUCUACGUCGACUAUACGAACAGAAGCUUUGCAAGAAUCUCCCGAACCGCCUCAAGACUCCACAGAGAUACAACCAGAACCCGAUAGCUUGCGACAGCACGAUCCCAACUGGGGUCAUCAUACACACUCUAAUUCCUCAGCUCAGCAUCCACUAUCAUAUGGCCAGCCAUAUGAUGGACGGGUAGAUAAUCAAGAGGACGAAUCAUCAUCUGAUACACCUCAAGUACAUGAGCGGCCUCGUGAUGCGCGAACGGCCAUCCAGUCGAUCUGCCAUUCAAGAAACGUAUCCGUUACUCGAGCAAAUACUCCACAUGAAACUCAUCAACCAGUGGUACCUACCCGGACCAGCUCUAUUCCUAUUCACCAUCGCCCACCGUUGGAGCAACGGUCCAACGCCUCUGCUCAACGGAACAGGCCGUUUGCCAACUUGGCACAACUACAAGGCUCUAGCCAGGCUAGUGCCAGAAGCAAAUAUAUGAGAGUCUUCAAUAUUAGGACCGGAAGAGUAGUGAAAAAGGAAUUUCGAACUCGAAGGAAAAAGAAUAGCUUGGGGUUUAUUGAAAGCAAUUUUGGUCGACCUUAAGUAGGUAUUUCUAGAAGAGACAUUACACCAUCCCAGUCUACCACAGAGUAGAACAUCGGGAGGAGAGCAUAGACAUCCAAUGAUGGGCAAUUAAGUUGACAGUGGAUAGUUGUUUGCCAUUCCGAACCAGAACUCGGUACCCAAGGCAUAUACGAAAUUUGCAUCCGAGUAAGAAGGAAGCCGCAUGAUUCACAGCUCCGACAGAGACCGCCUUGUUAACUGUAUGGAGGAGCUUGUAAAGUACACGAUUGUUAUGCAGCCCCACUGUGGUCUAGUUGGCGAUCGGUUUAGUGAAAUGAAAGAGCGUGGGUCCAAGGAAACAUAGAGAUAUACCUAGAUAGAAUAAUAGAGUUGUAUGGAAUCUGAGCUGUCGACUAUAU